AUGGAGCAAGCCGGCGUGCGACCUCCUAUGCAGAAUUCCGGCAGCAAGGUCCGGCGGCCCCGGGCAGCGCGCGCUUGUGAUGCUUGCAGAGUCAAGAAGAACAAAUGCGAUGAUCUAUAUCCAUGCACUUAUUGUAGAAACCACAACAUCGAGUGUGUGUACAGAGGCCAAGAAGUAGGGAGAAGGCUAUUCACACCAGACUACGUUCGGAACCUUGAGGAGCAGGUGAGACGUCUGUCCGCCUUGGAGAGGCAGGCAAAUGGAGGACAAGCAUCGCCCCAUCUGCCAUCCACAGGAGAGCCUGAUGCUGAAUUCUACGGCAGUUCGUCGUCCGUGGCGCUCCUCUCUCAUGUUCAACGUGCGGGGGAUGCGCCGGGAGGGUCCACAGAGGAUGCUGACGGCGAGGCUCUUGUUACCAACUUGCACAACGAUGCGUUCUCACCGGCCGUGGACGCUGCUCUGUCCAGCCAUCGCCUUGUAGGCCACGCAACUCACUACCCGCAAUGUCGAGUGUUUAUUACGAGUUAUUUUACCAGUAUCCAUUAUGUCCACCCCUUUUUGGAUAAGACAGAGUUCAUGUCUCGUUGCGAGAAUCUGUGGUCACAGGAUGGCAGUGCGUCUCAUGCCUCCAGCUUUGCUGCUCUUUACUACAGCAUUCUGUCACUCGGUGCGCUUGUAGGGCCUAGGGAAGAUGAGCCAAUAGGGGGAAUUGGGAACCUCCAAUGGAGUAGAAGGUUGUUCGAUGAGUCGAUUGCACGCUGCCACCGGCUGGGCAUGGUCACGGACCUGGAUAUGGUCCAGUGCUACUUCAUGCUGGCAAAAAUAUGUCAGAACGAGCUGAACCCACAUUGGUCGUAUAUGUAUGUGGGCCUAGCAGUAAGGACUGCCUUGGCGAUGGGAAUCAACCGUGAACCGAGUGCACACUCUAGAAAGAAUGUUUCCCAACUCAAAGCUGAGACCAGGACAUGGUGGGGCCUCUAUUCGCUUGAGACCGAGAUGUCGUUCGCAAUGGGCAGGCCCGAUACGCUGGGAGCUGAUUUAUACCAUAAUCGACGUUUUCCCGUAAUUGGGAACGAAAGCUGCGACUCGUCACCGCCUUCUGAGAGCUUCGACCCCCCUCAUGUUGCUAUCAUCAAAUCAAUGGUCGACCUGUCGAGGAUCACCAGGAGCAUAUGCCUCGGAAUCUAUCUUCCUGAAACCAUAACCCCCAGAACGGUGGCGCUUGCUUAUCAGCUCGAACAGGAUCUCGACAGAUGGGUUGAGAGCCUACCCGAGAGUAUACGUCCACGACAGUCUACUGCAGGUCCACUUCCACUGAAAAGUGUUCGCGAUCCUCAAUGGGCCAAAAGACAGAGGCUAGUGCUCGGCAUAAGGUAUCAUAACCUCCGAAUACUUACAUUCGGCUCGUUACUCCUUACAUCGUCAUCCAAUGAGCGUAGUUCCCUGCCAGGCUUACGUGAGGGAAUCAAGAAAUGCCUCGACUCGGCAAAGGAAACCAUCGAUACAAUAUACGUAACAUAUCAGCACCAUGACUUCUUCCGGACAUGGUGA